AUGGCCAAGAUCGACAAGCUGAUACAGGACAUCCUGGCCGCCAGGAGGGCAGCCGAGGCGGCGGAGCGGAGGGCGAAAGAGGCGGGCAUUUCCACAGCGGAAGAUAAGAUGGACGACGGGGAGGACGACGGAGACGAUGUCCCCGACGCCGACAGGCAGCAGGUCGCCGAGAUGAAGGAUUUGGUCAGUGAGCAGGACGACGCCAUUGAGGAGAGGGAGGCCAAGGCGGAGUGCACCUGCGGGAACGAGACGUGCCACAGCGGGGAGCGGUGCUACAUGGCCGGUGGCUGGGCCCCAGGGUCGUCCGGCGUAGGCCAUUGCGCGACGGGCCCUCCGGCGUGCCUGGACGGCCAGAUCUCGAUGAAGGAGAGUGCCAGUGCGGCAAGGGCGGCGCCGUGUGCCGCGCGAGGGAGAUGUGCAGCCUGUCCGAGGGCACGUGCGCCGAGGUGGGCCUGUGCGUCGACGGGGGGGCAGCCCGGGGCCUGUGCGUCUGCGGUAGCACGCGGUGCCACAGCGGCGAGAUCUGUGACGAGGGCACCAGCACGUGCGCGAAGGCGGGCCCCUGCGUGGACAGCAGCAUCCACACGGGCCCAUGCAGCUGUGGGGACGGCGUUUCGUGCGACAGCGGUGACAUCUGCAGCCACGCCGCGGAGGAGUGCGCCAAGAUCAGGACGCGUGUGCGUUGGCGGGAACUUCACGUCCGUCCCCUGCUCGUGCGGCAGCCACGUCUGCUCAGUCGGCGAGAUGUGCGACCACGCGGCCGGGGUCUGCUCCAGCCUGGACUCCUGCGGCGCGGGCGCGGGCGGCCCCUGCAGGUGCAGGAGCCGCAGCGGCGUCUGGGCCUCGAGCGACUGUGCCGUGGAGUCGUGUGCGGACGGAGCCAUCGCCAGUGCCCCGUGCGCCUGUGGGGGCCGCGGCGCGGAGUGCUCCGUCGGAGAGGUGUGCGUCGGGGCCACCAGCAAGUGCGAGAUGGCCACAUGCAUCCCCGGCCGCGCUGCGCAGCACCCCUGCAAGUGCGUCAACGCCGCGUGCUCCAACGGUGAGGUCUGCGACUGGGCGACCGGCACGUGUUCCCAGGCGCAGUGCAGCAGCGCGACGAUCAUCACCGAGGUGCCUUGCGCGUGUGGCAACGACACGUGUUCCAUCGGGGAGGUGUGCAACCAUGACGCCGGCCGGUGCGACCCGAGGCCUUGCGUCGUCGGGCGCGCGGCACGGCAAGCGUGCUCCUGCGGAGGUAGCGCGUGCUCCGCGGGCCAGAUCUGCACGGGUGAGGCUGGCGGCCGGUGCUCCGCGGAGCCGCCGUGCUCCGCCGGGCUGCGCGCGGAGGCCACCUGCUCUUGUGGCACCAGCAAGUGCGCCGCCGGGGAGUUCUGUGACCCGCAGACCAGCACCUGCUCUGCGCAGGCGGCUGUCUGCGCCAACGGUGGCGUGGCUAACGUCGCCUGCCGCUGCGGGGGCCAGAGCUGCGAGAGCGGGGAGGCGUGUGACGCGGCCUCAGGCCGGUGUGUCUGCCCCACGGGCCACAUCUGCCCGAGGCUUUCCGCGUGCGGCGCGGUGGAGUGCGCGCGCGGUGAGAUCUGCGGGAAUGGGACCUGCUUCCACGCGUCCUGCGUGGACGGGGGCCUUGCCGCGGCCGACUGCAUGUGCGGCGACCACCAAACCUGUCGCGAGGGGGAGGUGUGCGAUCGUAGUUCAAGCACCUGCAGGAAGGACAGGCAUGCGUGCUUCCACGGGGCGCCGGCCACGGCGUACCCGUGCACGUGCGGGGAAAGUGUCUGCGAGAGCGGCGAGAUCUGCGAGAUGUCCUCGCUCACGUGCGUCAGCGAGAGCUGCCGCGAGGGCGCUACGAGCUCGACCUACCCGUGCAAGUGCGGUGCGGCGGGGACGACGGUCUGCUAUGAGAACGAGGUAUGCGACGAGCCGUCCGGCACGUGCAAGUACCGGCCAACGGACCGGGAGGAUGCCGAGGAUUUCGACGGUCUUGUGCUGGGGAUUUCGAACGGCACGCUGCUCCUCGGGGCCCUCAGCUUGGUCGGCUGCGGUGUUCUCGGGCUCUUCUGCUUCUUCGUCGUGAUGCCCAUGCUGGGUGCAACGGCGGCCGCGGGCGCGACUUUCGCAGGUGGCAGCGGGAAGCGGCGCGCAGUGCGCAUCCUGCAGGGGGAGCGGCGCAAGGGCAAGAAACCGCGGCGCGCGGGCGGAGCGGCUGGCGCGCCCGAGGGGGCCGAGGCGGAGCAGGCCGCCGCGGUGGAGAAGCCGCCGAAGAAGAGGCGCAGGGUGGACGCGGAGGCGGCGGGCGAGGCCCAGGAGGAGGCUGCGGCCGCCACCCGGCCGGCCAAGAGCCGCCGCGGCGGCGGCGGCGCGGCGGCCACCGAGCAGGCCGAGGCGCCGCAGGCCGCCACGGAUGAGCAGCGGAGGGAGGUGCAGAGGCAGAUACAGCAGCUCGUGGUCAGGCUGCGGAAGGAGGGCAAGUCGGAGAAGGACAUCAAGGCGGCCAAGGAGGAGCUCAAGAGGUCAGCGCCCGCGCCGCUGGCCAAGCCCGACGGGUCGAGGGCCAGGAAGAAGCAGGCCUGGAUCGAGCGGAUGGAGUCCAAGGAACCCAAGGAACCCAAGGAGCCCAAGGACGACACGAAGGCCUGGCGGCAGAGCCUCAGGGAGUCCAAGAAGUCCAAGGAAGACGCCCGAAAGCAGAAGCUCCAGACGGUGCACGACGUGGUUGUGAUCCCGGUGCUGUGGCGCGGCCGGCACGACAAGCUCGACGUGCUGAAGGCGGCCGAGGAUAUCAAGGUGCUCCUUGCGCAGCAGGGCUUGGACGUGUGGGUCGACUCGCGCCGGCAGUACACGCCUGGACAAAAGUUCGCCCACUGGGAGCACCGCGGCGUGCUGAUACGUGUUGAGGUCGGCCCAGACGAUCUUCAGAACGGCGUCUGCCGGGUGUGCCUCGCGAAGACCCCUGGGGACUACAAGGCCGUCGAGCGCAAGCGCGUGCGCCUGCCGCCCGCUGGCGCUCGCUCGCUGCUGCUGGCGUUGAAGGAGAUCCCGGCGACGGCGGCGCCGCCGGGGCAGCGCCUGGCGCGGGUGGGCCGCGACGACAGGGCGACGCCACCUGCAGAGGAGAUCGAUGCGCUCGAAAGCACCGCAGUGUACUCUGAGGCUUUCUGGCAGACGCGCGAGGGCGAAUGGGCGUUGGUCAGGGCGGAGAUCGACGGGCCCGACGCGGGCGGCACGGGGCGGGAGGUGCAGGGCGACGGCUUGCAGCGUGCCGCGGGCCGUGCCUUGCGGGAGUGA